CUGCGUCAGCGGCAGCCCCGCCGGCGAUUGGGGCGCGCGCGCCUCCUUCGGUUUGGGGCUAAUUAUAAAGUGGCUGUGUCCGCUGCCAGCCUCCGGACCGCGAGGCAAGCGCUCAGAGCCCCGCAGCCCAGCGACACCGAGGACCGCGACGAGUGGCGUCUGGGACCCGCGCCUCCAGGAGCCUGCUCCGUCCGAACAGUGGCAGCCCCAUGGCGCGAUUCCUGAGACUUUGCACCUGGCUGCUGGCGCUUGGGUCCUGCCUCCUGGCCACAGUGCAGGCAGAUUGCAGCCAGGACUGCGCCAAGUGCAGCUACCGCCUAGUACGCCCCGGAGACAUCAACUUCUUGGCUUGCACACUGGAAUGUGAAGGACAGCUGCCUUCUCUCAAAAUCUGGGAGACCUGCAAGGAUCUCCUGCAGGUGUUCAAGCCUGAGUUCCCUUGGGAUAGCAUCGACAUGUUCAAAGACAGCGGCAAACAGGAUGAGGGCCACUUGCUGGCCAAGAAGUACGGAGGGUUCAUGAAAAGGUAUGGGGGGUUCAUGAAGAAGAUGGAUGAGCUUUAUCCUGUGGAGCCAGAAGAAGAAGCCAAUGGAGGGGAGAUCCUUGCCAAGAGGUAUGGCGGCUUCAUGAAGAAGGAUGCAGAUGAGGGUGACACCCUGGCCAACUCCUCCGACCUGCUGAAAGAGCUGCUGGGAACAGGAGACAACCGUGCAAGGGAGAGCCAACACCAGGAGAGCACUGACAGGGAGGACGACAGUGUGAGCAAGAGGUACGGGGGCUUCAUGAGAGGCCUCAAAAGAAGCCCCCAGCUGGAAGACGAAGCAAAAGAGCUGCAGAAGCGCUACGGGGGCUUCAUGAGGAGGGUGGGCCGCCCCGAGUGGUGGAUGGACUACCAGAAGAGAUACGGGGGCUUCCUGAAGCGCUUCGCUGAGUCUCUGCCCUCCGACGAAGAAGGGGAAAGUUACUCUAAAGAAGUUCCUGAGAUAGAAAAAAGAUAUGGAGGAUUUAUGCGAUUUUAAAGCCCUUUCCCGACAGUGACCCCAGGCACCCACCGGCCCGCUCCACCCCCAGUCAGCAACUGCCCCGUCAUGGUGUUUGUUGUCCUGUGCUGCUUGUGCUGUAGCGCCGCCGUGUGGUCCCGAUGAUAACUACACUGCCUGAUGUAGCGCCGCCGUGUGGUCCCGAUAACAACUACACUGCCUGAUGUAGCGCCGCCGUGUGGUCCCGAUAACAACUACACUGCCUGAUGUAGCGCCGCCGUGUGGUCCCGAUGAUAACUACACUGCCUGAUGUAGCGCCGCCGUGUGGUCCCGAUAACUACACUGCCUGAGAGCUGUGAUGUCAGGGGUCUGUGUUCUUUUGAGUCUUAAAGCUCAGUAUUGGCCCAGUGCAGCUAUCUCCUUAUCAUGCCGUAAUAGUUUCUGUUACCUCAUCCCUCACUUUUGACAAAACGUCAAUAAAAUGCUUACUUGUAUAUAAAUAUAAUAAACUCAUUACCCCAACUGCA